UCCUGCGGCCAGGGCCUGCGUCCCGUCCCUGGCACACUGGCCUGGGUGGAUGCCUGUCCACUUCUGCUUUCACUGGCCCUCAGAGGCCUUGGUGUGGAGUGCCACUGCGGUCGCCUGCCUGCACGCGCCCGGGCGCGGGACGCCUCUAACUUUUUGCACUGCACUCCGGGGAGGCUGGAGUUUAAUCACACAAACAGUGUCCGGCUUCCUGUCCUCAUCCGCCCCCCUCCGGCCGCUUCCCUGGUCCCUCCCUCUCCUCUGGCCCGACCCGCCCACCAGCUCCCCCUCCCCCUCCCUCGGGUCCCGGGAUGGGGGGGCGGUGAGGCAGGCACAGCCCCCCGCCCCCAUGGCCGCCCGUCGGAGCCAGAGGCGGAGGGGGCGCCGGGGGGAGCCGGGCACCGCCCUGCUGGCCCCGCUGGUGCUGAGCCUGGGCCUGGCGCUGGCCUGCCUUGGCCUCCUGCUGGUCGUGGUCAGCCUGGGGAGCUGGGCGACGCUGUCUGCCCAGCAGGAGCCUUCUCAGGAGGAGCUGACAGCGGAGGACCACCGGGAGCUCCCUGAACUGAGUCCCCGGACAGAGGAAAGCCCGGAUGUGGUACCUUUCUUGGAACAACUAGUCCGGCCUCGAAGGAGUGCUCCUAAAGGCCGGAAGGCGCGGCCUCGCCGAGCUAUUGCAGCCCAUUAUGAAGUUCAUCCCCGGCCAGGACAGGAUGGAGCUCAGGCAGGUGUGGACGGGACGGUGAGUGGCUGGGAAGAGACCAAGAUUAACAGUUCCAGCCCUCUGCGCUAUGACCACCAGACUGGGGAAUUUACAGUCAUCAGGGCUGGGCUCUACUACCUGUACUGUCAGGUGCACUUUGAUGAGGGCAAGGCCGUCUACCUGAAGCUGGACUUGCUGGUGAAUGGUGUGCUGGCCCUGCGCUGCCUGGAAGAAUUCUCGGCCACAGCAGCAAGUUCUCCUGGGCCCCAGCUUCGUCUGUGCCAGGUGUCUGGGCUGCUGCCGCUCCGGCCGGGGUCUUCCCUUCGGAUCCGCACCCUCCCCUGGGCUCAUCUGAAGGCCGCCCCCUUCCUUACCUACUUUGGACUCUUUCAAGUUCACUGAGGGGUCUUGCUCUCCCAGAUUCCUUAAACUUUACCCGGACAGCUCCCAGAGUACCACCCUGCCCCACCCCCACUCCUCCACCCCUAGCGGCUCCUUGUUCCAGUCCUGUCCUCUCCUCAAAGGCAGCCAGAGCUUGUCCACGUUUCCCUUUCCACAGACAUUCCAGUUCUUCUUUAUCAUCCCAUCCCACCACAGCCAUCCACCUCACUGGCUCCCAGAGCCCCCACUUAUCCCUGACCCCUAGGACCCCUCGUUUACUGACUAUGUGCAUCAGGCACUGAGAUGGGCUGGGCCUGGCAGGAAGCCAAAGAACCUGGGCCUAGGCCAGAAGUCCCCAAGUGUGAGGGAAAGAGCUGGAGACAAGCUCCUCCCUGGAUCCCUGUGGAUUUUGAAAAGAUACUAUUUUUAUUAUUAUUGUGACAAAAUGUUAAAUGGAUAUUAAAGAGAAUAAAUCAUGA